CAUUUGCGCCGACAAGCCCUUCUGCCAUUGAAAAGUGCUAGUAACGCUACUGCCAUUUGGCGCAGUUAAAUAUAGCUAGCAGCUACAUCAAUUUGCAUAGCGUGGCGUCCUUACAGAAUUUCCCAUAUUUGUCAUUUUAAAUCGUGUUUCAGUUUAGUAUUUUUAUACAGAUAUAAAAAUGAGUUCAAUUAACGUAAAAAAACUGAAAGUUAACGAGUUGAAGGACGAGCUGAAAAAGCGUCAGCUGUCUGACAAGGGGCUGAAGGCCGAGUUGAUGGACCGGCUGCAGGCCGCGCUUGACGAAGAGGCCCUGGCUGGAGAUGAUCCCAUUGGGCUGGAGGCCGCGGAGGGAGGCAGCUCUGGGGCCGCUGAUGAUCAAGAAGACAUGGGGGAAGACGAAGAAGACGACGAGGAUCCGGUCGAAGAAAGCAUGGAGGCCAACGAGGAGGAGGAGAAUGGAAACGGAGAGGGAGACCCCGCCGUAGAAUGCGAGGAGAACGCCGCUCAGGAGGACGACGAAAUGGGCGAGGUGGAAGAUGAAGACAUGGAUCCAAUGUUGAAGGAAGGUGUGGACGACAUGGAGAAAAUAACGUUAGACGCAGAGGAUGGUGAGCCUGGAGAUCAGCCAGCAGAGGGGGAUGCGGACAAAGACACGAAUGCUGAUCAGAAGAAUAAGAAGGGUGUUAAGAGACGCCGGGAGGAACAUGGAAGGGGCUACUUUGAAUUUAUUGAAGAGAACAAAUACAGCUGGUCUAGUCUCAAGUCUCCACUGCCACCCCUGGAAGAGGAAGAUGAAGAGUUUGACGAUACAACAGUCUGUCUGGACAACUAUAACUGCGACCUGCACUUCAAGGUGUCCCGGGACCGGUACAGCGCGUCGUCUCUCACCAUGGAGAGCUUUGCCUACCUUUGGUCUGGGGGCAGGGCCUCGUAUGGCUUGACCCAGGGAAAGGCCUGUUACGAGAUGAAGUUAACUGAGAAGAUUCCAGUGAAGCACAUCUUUAGUAAGAACAUGGAGGUCCAUGAGGUCCAGGUUGGAUGGUCCAUGGCUACUGGCAGUCUGCUCCUCGGUGAGGAGGAGCAUUCUUAUGCCUACUCUGGCAAAGGCAAGAAGACUACCAACUGCGUGACUGAAGAUUUUGGAGAGACUUACGAUGAGAACGACGUCAUCUGCUGCCUCAUCAACUUUGAGGGUGAGGAGGUAGAGAUUUCCUUUUCUAAGAAUGGUAAGGAGCCAGUUGUGGCCUUCCAGGUCAGUAAGGAGUCCCUGGCAGGGAGAGCUCUCUUCCCCCAUGUCAUCUGCCACAACUGUUCUGUGGAGUUCAACUUUGGCCAGAUGGAAACACCCUACUUCCCCCAGCCAGAGGGCUACACCUUCCUGCAGCAGGUUGCCAUGGACGACCGUGUCCGCGGACCCAAGGGACCCAACACCAAGAAGGAGUGUGAGGUGAUUGCUAUGGUAGGCCUGCCCGGCUCAGGAAAGACCACCUGGGUGAACAAGCACAUCCAGGAGAACCCUGGGAAAUAUUACAUCCUGGGCAGCGACACCAUCGUGGAGAAGAUGAUGAUUGGAAGCUUGAAGCGUCAGGCGAAGGACACAACUAAGCUCACGGCCAUUUCCCAGCGUGCUCCUCUCUUCCUGGGCAAGUUCAUUGAGAUCGCUGCUCGCAAGAAGAGGAACUAUAUCCUGGACCAUACCAACCUGUCUGCCCCAGGCCAGAAGAGGAAGAUGUGUCUGUUUGCUGGGUACCAGCGGAAGGCUGUGGUGGUCUGCCCCUCAGACGACGACUACAAGGAGAGGGCCCAGAAGAAGGCAGAGAGCGAUGGCAAAGACGUCCCCGAGCACGCUCUCCUCAAAAUGAAAGGAUUCUUCACCCUGCCAGAGGAGGGCGACAGCUUCGCUGAGGUGAGCUACGCUGAGCUGCAGAAGGAGGAGUCCUCCAAGCUAGUGGAGCAAUACAAGGAGGAGAGCAAGGCGGCCCUGCCGGCUGAGAAGAAGCCCAACCAGGGGGCCUUGACCCCCAAUAGAGGAGGUGUUGUCCGGGGUGGAGGCAGAGGCAAGAACCAGUUCAACCGCGGAGGAGGACCUGGCCAGCGAGGAGUUGUACGAGGAGGCUUCCAGCAGAGGGGCAACUUCAGAGGAGCUCCAGGUCCUCGUGGUGGGUUCACUCGCCCCCCUCGAGGCUUCAUGCCCCCUCCUGCCUUCAGGGGUGGAUUCGCCAACCGGGGCAACUUCAACAGGGGCGGCGGCCUCAUGGCCCCCCAGCGUGGGGCCCCAAGAGGGGGACCAAUUAGGGGCAACAUGGGCUACAGAGGUGGAGCCAUGAACAGGGGCGGUCCACCAAUGAACAGGGGCGGAGCCAACAUGAGCCGAGGGGGUGGAGCCAACAUGAGCCGGGGGUGGGGCCAACAUGGGCCGGGGGGUGGGGCCAACAUGGGCCGGGGGUGGGGCCAACAUGGGCCGGGGGUGGGGCCAACAUGGGCCGGGGGUGGAGCCAACAUGGGCCGGGGAGGCGGAGGAAACCGGGUCAACUUUAACCAGGGGUUCCAGCCCAGAGGAGGCAGCAGCCGUGGAAACUUCGGCAAUAAGAGCAGCGGAUUUGGUGAUGGCAGGAGUGCUGGAGGUCGUGGUGGCGGAUUUGGGGACAGUAGAAACUCUGGAGGACGUGGCGGGGGAUUUGGGGACAACAGGAACGCUGGAGGACGUGGCAGGGGAUUUGUGGACAGCAGGAAUGCUGGAGGACGUGGAGGCUUUGGAUUUGGCAUGGACAAGGCUCAGGCCUUCAACCAGAGCUGGCAGCAAGGGUUAUGGAACCAGAAGCCAUGGAGACAGCAGUAUCAGCCAGGAUACUAUUAAAGACUUUCUGAUCAAAAGGACUGGUGGAAAAUAAUGGAAACUCACCACGAGCCACAGACGUCCGUCUCUCCCACCACCUGUUUUUUUUCUAGAACCAACUUUUAAAUUAAAAACAAAAAAUACGACAAGACUAUGGAGCAACAUUCCACAUGAGGAAAGGAGUCUCUUUGAAGCUUUAUGGGUUUUUUCAUUUGAUUUUGUACAUUUUAUGAUAUUUUUCCAAAUUUUAAAGAAAUCCCAUGCUUUUAAAAAAAUCCCAUGUUUGAGAAAUAUACCACAACAUUUUUGCUCUGCUUCAGUGAAAUGUUUGAAAGAUUUUCAUGGUUGUGCUUUUCUUUUUCUUUUUUUACUAAAUGUAAAUAUUGUUUGUUUGUAUAAGGAGUGAGAACACUUACUAACUGAAAGGAACCAUCUUUUGAGGCAUGGUAGCAAUAUUAUUGUUAGUGAUUGUAUAUGUAGUCCGUAAGCAACAAACAGUUAUUUUGCGUCAAACGCCAUUAUUAGAUUUGUCUAUUGUUAUUUUUCAUUAUAACGUCAAGCAUGUAAUCUAAACUCCAUAGAUCUACAAUAAACAACAUAUUUGCUUUUUUACAAA